AUGGGAAGGCUCGGUUACAUGGACGGCAGAUGCAGGAUGAGGAAGCUGUUGGCCGUCAUCGGAAGGUGGCGCCGAUUGAGGAUGACAGUCGAGUCGUGCCUCGGAGGUUUCGAUCGAGGCCUGCGAAUGGGACUCGGGUUUGGGUGGGUUGAGGAUUUGGACGUGGGCCUGCUCACCCAUUUGAACGGAGCGCGACGGAGAGAUCAAUUGCCGGCUGCGGGUGGUGAUGGCGGUGGUGGAGGUCUGGACGUCCACGUAACUUCUCUUCCUGCAAAUAACAGGAGCAACAUCACAUUAGACCACAUACUUUGUCAGGGUCCUUUAUUGAACCUUUUCCUCGAACAAUAUUCUCAGACUGUAGCAGGUUAUGCAACUACAGUACACGAACAGGCACUUCAGGUGCUUGAAUGUGCUGAGAACGAUGCUCGUUUUCAUAGCCGAAGCAACUCCAUAGAUAAACAACGGGAGCAUGCUAAUCGAUUUGCGCUCGUCCACAGGGAAGGAGCUAAUUACAUCCUCAAGGCUUACGAACUCGCCGGGAAAAACAAGGUUGUUGAUAGACGGCGAAGGCGGAUCCUGAAAAGUCCGCCAGGGGUUUACAUUCCGAAAGAAACCCCUGAAAAUUACAAGUGCAAAGCCAAGAAGUUUUCCAGUAGAAUAAUCGAAAAACGCAAAAGUCCCAAUUCCAACAUAAUCCACAAUGCUAGGAAUUUUUUAAUGAAAGCUGACCUCUCGUUGAUUGCCUCUUCUGUGCUGCUCUGGCUCGACAACCUCGACCCACACUUUCUGAAACCCUAG